UUUAUUUGUGUUUUUCCUUCAGGGCAAACUCUCUGAUCAGGUUUACAACUAUCCCGAAGGCCUAGGAGAAGUGCUUUAUAGAGAACAGUUCGACUUCAACGCGGAGCCACCUUGGGAACCUAGCUGAUGAUAGUAGGGUUCCAUCUCCUAACUUGUCCAUAAGCAUCGAUACAUCAGAGAGUCCUCUUCACUACCUGCUUGCUCUAUAGGGACCUGCUGCAAAGCUAUGUACCACAAGGCGAGAGCAGCUCCUGCAUACUUGCCCCUUUUCCAAAAAAACCUACGUCUGCUGCCUGAAGAGCCUCUGCACCUGUGAAGAAGAGGGGAUGGAUUUGUUGUUUAGCAAUUUAAUUUUUUCUUAAUACGCUGUAGAGUUUGUUGCAUAAUUUAAGGACCCGGAUCUAAGGCUUGGUGGCCUGUCCCUUGUGAUUCUUGGUUUAUGACUGUCGGCUUUGCGGAAUACGGCUGAGAUGAAAGGAUUUCUUGAGGAUGCAAACUACUCCAUUGGCUUGCUGGAUGAAGGAGCAACUCUCGGAGAUGUUAUUGACAACUAUGUUUAUGAACAUACACUUACUGGAAAAAAUGCAUUUUUUGUUGGUGAUCUUGGAAAGCUUCUGAAGAGACACCUCCAAUGGCAGAAUGUGAUGGCACCAGUAAAACCAUUUUACACUGUAAAAUGCAAUUCCACUCCAGGUGUACUCGAGAUUCUGGCAGCUCUUGGAACUGGGUUUGCAUGUUCUAGUAAAUCUGAAAUGGCAUUGAUACAAGACUUGGGCAUUGCUCCUGAAAACAUUAUAUAUACAAAUCCUUGCAAGCAAGCUUCUCAGAUAAAGUAUGCAGCGAAAACUGGGGUAAACAUCAUGACUUGUGACAGUGAAAGUGAACUAAAGAAAAUUGCACGUAACCAUCCAAGUGCUAAGCUCUUACUACAUAUUGCCACAGAAGACAUUAGUGGAGCUGAGGAGAUGAACAUGAAAUUUGGCACCUUGCUGAAGAGCUGUAGGCACCUCAUGGAAUGUGCUAAGGAGCUUGAAGUCCAAAUAGUUGGUGUUAAAUUUCAGGUUUCAAGCUCUUGCAAGGAACCUCAAGUGUACAUUCAUGCUAUAUCUGAUGCUCGGUGUGUGUUUGACAUGGCUGAAGAAUUUGGCUUUAAGAUGAGCAUGUUGGACAUUGGAGGGGGCUUCACAGGUUCAGAACUUCAGCUGGAAGAGGUUAAUCAUGUCAUCAGUCCAUUGCUGGAUGUCUACUUUCCUGAAGAAUCUGGUGUUAAUGUGAUUGCAGAGCCCGGAUGUUAUUAUGUUUCAUCUGCAUUUACUCUGGCAGUUAACAUAAUUGCAAAGAAAGCUGUUGAAUAUGAUAAAUUUCUUCCCUCUGGAACGGAGCAAACCAGGAGUGAUGUUGAGCCAAUCUUUAUGUAUUACAUGAAUGAUGGUGUUUAUGGCUCUUUUGCAAGUAAAUUGUCUGAGGAAUUGAAUACCAUCCCAGAGGUUCACAAGAAAUACAAGGAAGAUGAGCCUCUGUUUGUCAGCAGCCUUUGGGGUCCAUCCUGUGAUGAGCUCGAUCAAAUUGUGGAAAACUGUCUUCUUCCUGAGUUGAGUGUUGGAGACUGGCUAAUCUUUGAUAAUAUGGGUUCUGGUACCUUGGGUCAGCAGUCUGCUUUUACUGAUUUUCAGAGACCACCAGUUUACUACAUGAUGUCUUUCACUGACUGGUAUGAGAUGCAAGAUGCUGGAAUUACUUCAGACACAUUGAUGAAGAACUUCUUCUUUGUGCCUUCUUGCAUUCAGCUGAGCCCAGAAGACCGCUUUUCCACUGCAGCUUAAACAGGCAGUAACGCUUCAUGUAGACUUGCAGUUGCAAGCCUGUAGUUUGUCUGGUCAACAUUCCACUGUGGAAUUAAAAUGGAACAAUCUUUAAUUCAACUUGCUCUUCAAAACUUGAAAAAAAAAUAGUUAAUUGGGACCAGGCAAAACGAGCUACAACUACAAUUCACUGGGGGUGGGAAGGUAAGAUAAGUGUCCAGAUUUAAAUUUGCUAGUAUGUUCAACCCCUGAGCGUUUAAAUAAAAUAUGCAACAAAAUGGAUGACUUAGUUGAGAUGGAAACCCAUCACUUGGGUUCUCAGUUAAACAGUUUACAUACAAGUACACAGUUUUUAUACUAAGGAUUCCUGUUAGAAAGUCUUGUAAAGUUGUCUUUCACCCAGAUAUAUCAAAUGUCAGUGGGAGACUAGUGUGACUUCAUUAGAGAUGUUCAGUGUAUUUAGAGUGUGUAAAUUUGUGCUUUGAACUGUAGUUUUAAUAAAUGUAAAAAUGCAUCAUAGUAUUUGUUGUAUUUGACCCUUGACGUAACCAGUGUAUGAUUGCAAUAAAACUUUGUGUAGAUUUUUUUUCAGGCUCUCUUUGUGAGAAGGGCUAGAUAGUGAAAUGGAUGUGUAGAGAUAAUAGCCUGUGUGGGGGACUCCUGAGAACUAUUUCAGGUUUAGAUUGGCAGAGCAUUAAAAAUAAUGAAUAAUUAGUUCAAACUUAAUCUACUUCAAUUAAUGUGUAAAAUUCAGAUAAGUUCCUGGAAAGCUAAAAUGCAGUUUGUGGUGUUGCUUAAACUAAAUUAUAUUAACACUUCUAACACCAAAUCAAACCUUCAGGUCAACAGUAGUGAAUAGCAGGACAGAUAAUUAGAAUGCAUGUAAUACCCAUGUAGAAAUAUGAAUUACAGUUGUACUGGAUGUUAAAUUGGAAAUGUUAGUUCCUUUUUUUGAACCAGCUUUAUAGAAACUUCAGCUAGUUUGGUACAGCAUUAAGUCCUUACAAUAGAAGGGCUAUAUGUCUUCAGAAACCCUGAUGCUCUUUUGCACUCUUCUUUGUGUAUUUAACAGCAAAGCACACCAACUCUAUAUAUGCCAACUACAUCAACUAAUCUUAACUAAAGCUGUUCAUGGAAUUACUUGUUCUGUAACUAAAGUCUCUCUUUUCUCCAGUC